AUGGCAAAAUCUAAACAUACAAAUGGAGACGGAAUGUUUUCUAGUGAUAACUUCAUUACUAAAUGUAAAGAACUUGGAAUUAAUUAUGUUGAUAGAAAUCAAAAUCUCCAUAAACUUAUGAAAGUAGCAGCAUAUAUAAGACAUUUAGAUAAUGAAUAUUCUGAGGAAAUCAAGACAAGAAUAAAUGAAAAGACCAAAGUAUUAAAUGUCAUUUAUAAACCUGGAGAUAAGUUCAUAUAUAAAAAGAAUCUUGAGGGAAAGUUUAAAGACUUAUACCAAGAACCAUUUAUAGUUAUUAAAGAUCUUGGGACUAAAGUUACCUUUAAAGCUAAGAAUGAAAGAAUUUUGACAGCAAUAAAGGUUAAAAUUAAAAGAUUCUAUGGAAGUCUUUAA